UUCUCCUCAGGCGGCGGCGCUUCGGCCCUUCAGGUUUCCCGCCCGGGUAGGAGGAGAAGCGAAAGGGCCAACGACCUCCCGCUCCUGAGGCGGAAUGGGCAGCGCCUCCGCCUCAGAGUGAAAGCUAUUCUGAAGAGGAGGCGGCGCCGGCGGCGGCAGAAAUGCACCUUAGGCCCGGCCCGGCUGCUUCUCGCACCCGAGCUGGUUGAGUGUGAGGCCUCUGCGCACCCGGUUCUUCCGUCGCUUUCCUUCCCGUCUCCGGCCUCAGCCAUGCAGAGCUCCGGUUUCCCUCCGCUGGGCCGUGCCCAGCAGCACAACCUCCACCUGCCUCCCUGGUCGCGCUUCGGCGGGCAGCAGCCUCCGCACCAGGAAAGGGCCGCGUCCCCGGCUCAGCCGCCGCCUUCGCACCCCGCUUCUCAACCUCACCCUCCUCGGCCCCCUCGGACUCCCAGCGCCGACGGCUGGAGGAGGGCGGCCACCGACCUGGAGCGCAGCCUCAAGUUCCUGCAGGCGCAGCACGCCGAGACCCUCCAGAAGCUCCACGAGGAGAUCGAUGUCCUCAAGAGGCAGAACAAGGAUCUUCAUUAUAAGCUCAUCAUGCACCCAAUACUUCAGAGGAAAGAUCAUUCUUUCAGCAACUUGCCUACCAAGUCACAGCCAGCAAGCAGUGCACCAGGGAAGACAAGUGCCGGCUUAAAGGUGGUGGUGCCAACAGCAAAAGAAGAGCACAGAGAACAAGGUUCUGAGGAGCUGGAAAAGAAGCCAGUAAGUGGCGAGUUCAUGAUGGACGAGACGAGAGCAGAAGAGGAAAUUAUAGAAAGGGAGGUAGACAGAGUAAUGUGGAAGGAAUUUGAGGACUUCAGGCCAGAGCAGGAGACUGUUCCAGAAGAGGCAGCUCAUCCCAGAGACGCAGAUGUUUGUGACAGGAUGACAUCCCCCAUCCCUUUUUCAUCUGGUCAAAGCAGGGCAGGGGACAUGAAAAUCCCUGCUGCUUCUUCCAACCCCUUCUUGGUGACAGUGCUCCCUUCCUACAUGCGGAAGCCACCAACGCUGGAGGAGUGCGAAGUGGUCAUUCGGCAGUUGUGGAACAUCAACCAUAUGCAGAUGCAGGAGCUGAUGUAUUUGAGAUCGUGCUUGGAAGACAUCCACAAGACCAAAAGAAUUCCUGAGGACUACAUGCUAGCUGGUCAUGUCGGGAACCAAGAGGUCACACGGUUGCCCAAGGUGAAAAAUGGUCCUAAGAAAUGUAGGAUCCUCACACCACUGCCUGCUGCUGAAAGGGCUGUGCUGCCAGCACUGAAGCAAACACUAGGAAAUGCUUUUGCAGAGAGACAGAAGAGAACACAGGCUGUUCAGAGGAACAGGCUCCACCGGACAGCACUUUAGCAAGUAUGGUUCAAUUGGCCUCUUUUUGUAAUGUGUCUCCUUGCCCUAAAGUGGUUUGAAAGUCAGCUAAACCAUUUCCGAGCGUGUGCGCUGUAUUUUCAACAAAUUGUUUCUGGUGUGCACCACUUAAUUUUUAAAGCUUCAUAAUUAAUCAUCCUUUUUUGUCCACAUAGUUACAGAAGAUCAUAGUGACCUUACUUCUCCCUAGAAACUGUUCUACCUUCAGUAGUAAUUAAGUUUACUUUUUUAACUACAAAAUUGGGGGCUUUUAGAUGCAAAAUACACAGAAGCCUCCUUAGACAACCCCAGGUCAAGGGGGUAUCAAAGUGACUUUGCCUUUUAGCAAACAAUAUUCUGUGCCCUUGUGCUCAGGCUGCGGUGGAGCCAAAGAAGUUUGGGGGGUUGCAAGAGAAAAUAAGUGAGUGUUAAACACUGGAACAAUACAUUUAUUACAAUAAAACAAAUGCCUUA